CUCUACGGAGAUUGAAAUGAGUCAUCAAAUCUACUACACCAUACUCUCGAAGAUUGAAUAUAUUUGUUAAAAUGUUUUAAUUUUUUAACGACAACUUUGUUAAAAUGUGUACCUUAUUUCGGUUGAAUUAUGUAAUUUAGCGUGAAUAGCAUGGUGCAUUGCGUUUACAGAUCAGUAAUCGUCUUAUCAGUGAUCUUUCUUAACGAUAUUUAUUUGAUAUGUGGAGCUCAUUCUUGGAAAUCUACCGAAUCACUGUCAGUAGCCAAUUCAUCUGAUGUAGUUCCUCAUGAUGCAGAUAGUUCUCGACUGGGUUAUAUCAAAGUGGGGUUAGCAGCAGCCUUCUUUUUUACUGUACUUGUAUCAUGCGGUUUACCCGUUUUAUUGAUAGACUAUUUGAAAGAACGGAAUAAUUUGUCACCCAACAACAAAAACAGAAGAUUUCAUUUAGGCAGAGUACAGCAGAAUGAGUCAAAUCAAAUCAAAAUAGAAGACCAAGACGAUGAUGAGGCAGAAGAUGUUGAAUUUCAAUACUGUGACCUCAAUUUGUCUCCGAAUGCAGAAGAAAAGUAUGGAAAUUGUUUAAACGAUGGACAAUUUUCAGAAAAUAAGGAAGCCGAUACUUCAUUAAACCGAAUUUCCCUCCAACAUCAGAAUUCACUGGAAUCUGAAGUUCCAUCCACUCCUGGUCAGAGUCCGAAUCCGGCUCUAUUAAGUGGAGAUCAAUUUGAGAACAGAGAUUUGCUUACUGGCCAGGUGGUUCAUUCUGAAAGAAAUUGGCCACAUUCAUUCAGAAUUCAAGAUCGCAUACGUGGACGAAAUUUAAAUGAUCCCUCUUUUAUAGCAAGUCAAAGAGCUUACCAAAAACAGGGGAAGCAAAAGUUUUUUCGAAGAGUUAUUUCUUCAAGAGCAUCGCGUAAAGAAACAUUACAAAUUUGGUUUAGUCGGUGUAACUGUUUCGCUGCAGGUGUUUUUUUAUCUUCAGGCUUUAUGGAACUUUAUCCUGAUACUGAAGAAGCUAUAACAGAAGCUAAACAUCAAUUAAAUAUAAAAUCAGAAUUUCCAUUCGCUCCAUUUUUAACUCUUGUUGGAUUUUUUCUUGUAUUAAGCAUAGAACAAAUUGUUUGGACAACAAAAUCAAGACACUCGAUAUGUUGUCGAAGGAGAAAUAGUAAUAAUAAUAAUAGUCAAACUCUACAUCGUGAUUUAUUGCAUUCAGUAAGCAAUGAUUACAAUUUAGAGAAAAACAGAAAUCACUACGUAGUUAAUAAUACUAGCAAAAAUAACAACAGUAAUAAUAGUAAUAAUAAUAACAAUAAUGAUUCUGUUACUCCUGAAUGUAGCAAAUUAUAUCAGAAUAACAUGGGUUAUACAUCAUCUAAACAUGUUGUUGUGGGUAAUGCUAAAAGACCAUCUAAAUUGUCUAAUGCAACAAAUUCAUCCGAACUUACUACAAUAGAUCGUUCUCCUACAUCGUCCACACAUUCAGGUAAUGAUUUUCUCCUGGAAUCUGGUAAUGCUAGAAUUGAUCAAGUUGAAAAUGUGAAGAUUGAGCCUUGUAACGACGUCGACGACGACUAUGAUGAUGAUGGUGACAAUCAUAAUCAUCACCACCAUUCACAUACACAUGAUAUAAAAUUUGACGCCAAGUCGUUUGGAUCAGUAUUACGCAUUAUUCUGCUAUUGUGUGCAAUGUCUGUUCAUUCAAUAUUUGAGGGUUUAGCUGUUGGUCUUCAGCCAACAGCACAACGUACACUUGCCUUAUUCACCGCUAUAUUACUUCAUAAAGUUAUCAUAGCUAUUGGUAUUGGUGUAAAUUUAGCCACAAAUUUGAAUGAAUCAUCAACACCUGCAACUUCAUCAUCAUCAUCAUCUCAAGCCAGGUCUUCUUAUUGUCGUAUGUUCAUGUAUCAAUCUAUUGGAACGUUAAUUUUAGCUUUUUCUUCACCAUUUGGCGUUCUUGUUGGUUAUGGUUUAAUGCAACAAAAACAGUCUGCUGUACUGACUAUGUCAACCGCUAUACUUCAAGGUUUAGCAUGUGGAACAUUCUUUUAUGUUGUAUUCUGUGAACUGCUACCAGUUGAAUUCAAAGAAGGCGUUAAAGAUAGAAUGGGAAAAUUUUUCUUUUUAUUACUCGGAUUUAUGUUAGUUGCAUUAUAUGCCUUUCUAAUGCCUGAGUAAAUAUUAUUUUGUAUAUUUUGUCAAUACUCUUCUUCUUUAUCAUAUUUAUUACUUCUGUACGCUCAAUAUUAUAACUUUUUAAAUUAAGCUGUACAUCUUUUUUUGUUUUGUUUUAGCCACACAUGCCUUUAUAUAUUUGGUUUUUAAUGAUCCGUCUAUAUUUUCCUCAUUUUAUUUAUACUUUUUACCUGUCUGAAUACAUUUCUUUUACCAAUAACAAUAAGAGAUAAGAUGGCGGUGCUUUGAUUUUCCCUUUUUUCUCAGAUGAAUCAUGUUCAUUCGUUUUUUUUAUUAAACUGUGAUUUUCUUGUUUUUAUUGGGGUUGUAGAAAAUUUCAUCUUCUUCUAUUAAGGUAUUAUGUCCAGUCAGUGUAUCCAGACCACUAAGUAUCUAAUUAAUUAACCAAUUAAAUGACUAAUUAAUACAAUUAGGUAUUUUAUUUUACACACACACACACACUUUUGUGCUGUAUUUUCAAUCUCAAUUAGUUUUCAUGGUCCUUUCGUUUGAUGUGUCACUCACUGCUUACUUUUUGUCAUGUAACCUCUGGGUGUGUGGGUGUAUGUGAAUGAGUUUCUUAGGUAAUAUUAAGGUGGUGCCUUUGGUGUUCUUUAUUUUCAUGAAUACUUUUGUUUUCUGGGAUUAAUCUGGUCACUCUUCCAUGAAUAUUGUGAACAAUAAAUUAUAUACAAACC